UCGCAAACGGACACGCGCGCUCUCGCCCGGUCCCAGACGAGUGAGGGGGAGCAGACAACAAAGUGCGCUGAAGGUGACCAAAGUUGCUCCUGAACGAUUCAGGUUUAGGUUCCGGUUCAGAAGUACUACGUGUCGAGAAGCUUCAGAAGCCGGUGGAGAAAAUCAGACUUUUUAGGCGCACGCACGGCGAUAUUUUGCGCUCAGGGAGGGACACUGCGCCCUUUGACGAGGAAGAGGCGAAGGAGGAGGAGGAGGAGGAGAGCAGGCUGCACUGUGGUGUGCGCGAUGACGAGACGCUGUUGUGGACUUGCGGGGCAGCCAAGUGGACUCGACUGGACCGCGGCUGUGAAAACACUUCCUCCGAGGCAACAUAACAAGCUGCUGGAGCAAGCAUCAGUGAAGUGCACCUUCAGCAUACCAGGAAGAACAGUUCUACAGACCUGUGGGAGACUUUUUCACCCUGGACAGGCCCUCAAUGCCCUGAACAGAGUGGACUAGUUUUAACAGCAAGGCAGAAACUGAGGGAAACGUGUUCAAAACAACAUUCUGUGAAAGGCAUCACUGGGAAAAAAAUAAUCUGUAGAAGACUGAACUUUCUAUUGAAAUUCCUUCAAGUGGAUUUUUGGGACAUUUAUACAUUUAUAGUAAAACUAGAGGACACCUUGAAAAGGCUCUUUGGUCCAAUACUCUUUUUUUUUUUUUGCAUGACCUGCUGCUCACGUGAGCAUCCUGGAAUGUCUUUGAUUUCAGAAAAGGACCUUAGAGCCUAAAACCUGAUUUGGGACUGUCUGGCCAAACUGUCGCCUUUUGGUGUUGGAGGAGUGUUUUUCUGAAUUAGGCCUGUGGAUGCUUGGUGAGGAUGACUUGAGUUGGCAGGCCUAGCAUCCCACUUAUUCACAGAUAGAGCGAGAGAGCCCGGCAGUAUGAAAACACAGUUCACGAAUGUGGUGGCCCGAAGCCAUGCUGGUGUUGCUACUGAAGCCCUGUAGUAAAGACUAUCAUUAUCCCUAUCAUCAUUUGUCCAAGCUGAGGAAGAUACCACGGCCUCAAGAAACUAGACUACAUAUCUGAACGGCUGGAGGAAGACAAAGUGCCGAUACCCACUGCGACGACAUCCUCAGUCGCUCAAACAAAACCAACUAAAAUUCCUUUCAAACAGUUCCUCACAGAGAAAUACACAACUGCGGCAGAAGUUAAAGACACGGACUGAACAGGAGCUGGGCACCAACAUGGCAACCGAAAGUCUUGCGGAGCUUCGCGAUUGGCUCUUCCUGCUCCUGCUAUGUCUCACUUUAUUGGCUGAGGUGCUGGAACUGGCUGCAGCCGCGAUUGCCUUGGAGACGGGUGAGGGAGAUGACGGAAUUGUUUGUCCCUCAGUCUGCCGCUGCGAUGAGGGUUUUGUCUAUUGCAAUGACCGCGGACUCAGUCUAAUUCCUCCUCUACCAUUGACGGCCGCCAUCCUCUACCUGCAAAGCAACCGGCUGAGUAACGCCGGCCUGCCUCCGUCACUGGAGCGCAGCACUUCCAUACGAGUGAUUUACCUGUAUGCCAACCAGUUGGAUGAAUUCCCUAUACACCUUCCACCGUCAUUACGAGAGCUCCAUUUGCAGGAUAACAACAUACGAACGUUACCACGAUCAUCUCUGGCCAAGUUACCACUACUGGAGCGUUUACACUUGGAUGAUAAUUCAAUAUCUACAGUGAGCAUACAGGAGCGUGCUUUUUCUGGGACUCCACGGCUCAGACUGCUGUUUCUCUCUCGGAACCACUUGUCGAGCAUCCCUGCAGGCUUGCCUGCAUCCUUGGAGGAGCUGCGAUUAGAUGACAACAGAAUCAACACCAUCCCCACGCAUGCCUUCCGAGGGCUCUCCUCCUUACGACGCUUGGUUCUGGACGGGAAUCUGCUCGCCAACACACGCAUUGCAGAUGACACCUUUUCUCGCCUCUCCAAUCUGACGGAGCUGUCACUAGUCCGAAAUGCCUUGCAGUCCCCACCGGUCAACCUACCAUCAGCUCAUCUUGUUCGGCUCCAUUUACAGGACAAUGGGAUGACUCACAUACCACGAGGGGCUCUGGAUGGAAUGCGACGGCUCCAGAAGCUCGACCUAUCAGGAAAUAAUCUGACCAGUCUGCCUCGAGGGCUUCUUAAGGAUGCAGAUAGUCUGGAGUUGCUGCUGCUACGAGGAAACCCCUGGUACUGUAGUUGCAGCCUUCGCUGGCUGCAUGCAUGGCUUCAUAGCUGGGGGGCAGCUGUAACAGUCAGGGGUUUGACCUGUCAGGGGCCCGAAGCGGUGAAGGGCCAGUCCCUUAAAGACCUUACCUAUCUAAUGGAACAGUGCGAAGGACCCCCAGCUGGUCCGGCCAUUGGAGUCGGGGGAAAUCCAUCAGAAAAGAAUGAAGGCGGUGACGAUAGUGUUGGAGGGGGCGGGCAAGGUGUAUCCCAUGGCAGCACUACCACUAACUCUUUGUUGGUCCCCACGCAAGGUUCCCUGUUCACACUCCGAGCCAAACGGCCAGGUCUGGUUAUGCCUCUUCCUGCAGGGGGAGAAGGACAUGUAACCGGAGGGGCCUUAGAGCUGACUGUGAAAGCUCUCUCUUCGGACAGUGUUCUGGUUAGCUGGUUGUGCCUGCAGCCGGCACCGUCGUUCCGUCUCUCAUGGCUGAGGUUAGGUACCAGUGCGGCACUCGGCUCCAUCACAGAGACUCUUGUUCCUGGAGAGAGGAGGCAGUACCAUCUCACCCAACUCACACCACGCUCGCAUUACCUCAUUUGCCUGCUGCCAUUACGACAGGAGACCUUUCUCGGCUCCAACAUGGGGACAGCUCGCGUUGGCGGCGUUGAAAUGAACAAUAAAGAUUCGACUCCAGCCUGUGCUCAGAUAGAAACUGGAGAGGCUGUAGUGAACUCCAGGGGGGAGGGGUCAAAUAAGGACACACAAGACUCUGAGCUGUCAGCCUUGCCGUUGGCAGGGAUCAUUGGGGGAGCCACAGCGUUAGUAAGCCUGCUGCUCAUCUUUGGUAUUUUUUGCUGGUAUGGACAAAGACCAAGUUACAAGUCAGGGGACUCAAAUUCCUACAACAGAGGCCGAGGAGCAAAAAAUUACGACGACUAUGUAGAGUCUGGCACCAAGAAAGACAAUUCCAUCUUAGAGAUCAGAGCCCCUCCUACAGGGUUCCAGAUGACGGCCAUGGCUCAUCAGCCCCUGCAGCCCAAACUGGAGGAUGUCACCUACAUCCACACCAUUUUCCCCUCUUCUUCUUCUUCUUCUUCCCAUGCAAAUGGGACAUACAGGAGCAGCCACAGAGCAGGCAGCCUCAAUGGCACCAUCCUUAGCCAAACCAGCCACCAUCAUGUCACUUAUGGUACCAACCGUGGCUACAGAGAGGGCGGCAUUCCCGACAUAGAUUAUGCCUACACGUGAUAACCCAGGGCCACACUCCCUGAGCCUUGAAUGCCUGGCGCCAUUUCUAUGAUGACGACCCUGUGGCCGCUGGCCAUUUUGUCCUUGGUUUCCAAAGUACCCUUUGUGCCUCAGCUGGUUCAAGUCUGAUAUGUUCGCUAAGUAGAAGAGACUGUUCUCAGCCAUGUUGAUCAGAUAUUGCUAUUGCGUGACCGAAGUAAUUGUCCUGCUCUACUGUACUCUACUUCUGUAACACACUUUUUACAGUGGGUCCUUCUAUCAGAGCUAUUUAUAUAUGGUUACAUUUUUCUCUUUUGGCUAUCUCUGUGUCUUUCAAAAGUGCUGUUCUUCAUACACAGUAACUUAUUUGAGGUUGAUAUACUAGGUUUAGCUGAUGUACAAGGAGAUAUAUUUAUAAUACACAGGAAAGGCAAUUAAUGUGUGUAUAGAUAGCUCCCAUACGUUCCAACCAACUGUAUGCUCUUUGCUGUGUUGAUGACAGGAUAACAGAGGGAGAAAUUGACGGUUGUUAUAACGCACAGAUGACAGUAAAUCGUGGUUGACAUGAAAAUACAUGUUUCAAGCACCCCCCUCCCCUUCUUUUCCCCUGGAUUAAUUCACCCAAUUUAAUUGUUCCUCCUUCCUGCCUCUUUGUUUUGAGCCGAGGCGCUUUCAUUUCUCUCGUCUUUUGUGGUGCCGUGAGUAGAGGACGACUUUGUUCUCGCCAAAGGAGCUGACAGCAGUGAUAAGAGUUCUGACAAAGACAUGAGACACAAACCGCCACAUGGGGAGACUAAUGAGUGCGAGAGAGAGAGCAAGAGGAGAGAGAGUCAGUGUGAUGGAUGGAUAGAUGUUUAGAUGGAAAGAGCAAACAUGAAGAAGAAAAGAGAGUGAAUCCUGCUGUUUUAGGAAUGAGAUUGAAAGAAUUGGUUUAAUGCAGAGUAGGUGCAGAAGAGGCACAUAAGAGGAAGAAGAUAGGUUAAAAAGGCUAUGUUACAACGUAGGUGUAAGUCAAAACAUGGCUAGACAUCUGAAGGAAGGUGCAUCAGAACCCCGUCCUAUCAAUGUGACUACUGGGUACGGCAUGACGUGGUUGCCUCCCAAUCCAGAGGUUGGGGGUUCAAACCCCAGCCAUUGCGACCUUGCCAAAGUCUCCUAAGCAUGAUAUUGAACCCGCAGUUGCUCCUGAUGCUGCGUCAUCAGUAGGUAAAUGAGGAAACCGUGUAAAGGGCUUUGAGUACCAAAGAUAGAAAAGCGCUUUUUAAGUGACAGCCCAUUUACUACUGCACACAACAAAGUGAAGCUCCCAAAACUAUGACGAGGACUAUCUGCUUCAAUUAACAGUGGCCCUCUUAUUCCUCGUAUGUGAUGACGUACUAACUACAGUUAUAUUGAACAAUUGGACAUGGAAUAGAUUAGUCCACAUGGGGGGCAGGAGGGGGUAUUCUGUCUCCCAUUAUGAAAUGAGGAAGACCCACACUUUAGAAACACAUCAGCUGUCGAAUUACUAAGAUUUCUCAUUAUCAAGUCAACCUCACUAAUGACACAAAAGAAACCAAGUCAUGCAUCUUAGACUCUUAAUUUCGGAACUCAAAUUAUACGACCGAGACCGAGUUUAAAUAACAGAAACAAACGUUUUCGAACCUCAUCAUUUUCUGAUGGAAAUUAAAACAGCAGUGUUCUAAUUACAUGGCAAAAAUUGGAUUUAUUAACAAUAUAACGAGUGUCUUUUAAACCCAUAUGAGAACAUAUGGUUAAAAUUAUUUUAUUUAUCGUGUCAUUAUACUGUCACAGAAACAAGUCAUAUUAUGUCAAAUUUAGUCUUAAAUAUAUGGAUAAAAUUAAUAGUUUUAUAGCAACAGUUGAAGUACACAGGAUUCCUUUUUUUUUCAGUCAAUCUUAUAACUGUCAAAAAUAAGGCCCGUUAUCGAUACCUGGUAUUUCUGUGUGGUCCUACAACUCCUUUGUACAAUAGCAAAUUUGAAAAAGUUCCAUAAUUGAAAAUCUUCUGAUGCGUGUGUCUAUUCUCGAUUAAAAAAAAAAACAUUAUAACAAGAUGUCAUCAAAUAUAGCAUAGACGCAUAGAUAAAGGCGAAAUAAUUUGUUUUGACUCAGCGGGGUAUUUGACAUCAGUUGCCACCUUGUGUGAGAUGAACUAGAUGGAAAGAUGCAGUUGACUCAGGGCCUAUCGUCCAGUUUCAGUAGCCUUCAAGCAGCAAAGAUACACAAGGGGAUGUUUUGAUAACAGGGACAACAGGCUGACCGCCACACUGUGCACUUCAACAUACACAGCAAGAGAGCAGGGAGGGCGCCAGCUGCUUUCCAAAUGCCCUCGCCGGUAUAUUCUAAGGGAGGAGGAACAGUUGAGCAGCAAUGUUGGCAGAGCUACUGGGUUGUUUUAAUUUGAUUUUUUAAUGUAUGUGCUUGUUUUGCGGUUUCUAUUUAAUAGCACUGUGGCUACUUUCCACUCUGUACAAAUCCUUAUUCCUUGAAAAAAAUAAAUGUCACCCCUGAUGUGAUGAUGAGAACGCUGUUAUGUAUAAAAAUGGGUGCAAAAUUCUAUUCCAGUUAUGGUCUGUUGUCUUUUUUUUUUCUACACGAACAAAUAAAGACCGAAUAAAGAGAGGGGUGAUUCGACGACCUCAUUGUGUGUAUGACAUGCAGUGCGUGUAUGGAAGGAGGGUCAUUAAAACCAAGAGAUGGACCCAUAUCUCACUUGGCGG